AUGGACCUUGUUCGAUUUGGAGAAAAGGGUCUCUUUUCAUCUCAGAGAAGAAGGAAAUGGCUGAUUUUGAUGGCGAUUUCUGGAGUUUCUGGUUAUGGAGUUUACAAGGUUUAUCAUUUACCAUCUAUCACGAGGAAGAGGAAACGACUCAUGAAGAUUCUCGGAGCUUUUGUCUCUGUAGCUGAAUUGGUCUAUGAAUCAGCCGAGACCUUAAGCAUCGUGUCACGAGACUUGAAGGGUUUUCUCAAUUCCGAUUCCGAUGAAAUCCCAAACAGCUUGAAGCAGAUUUCGAAGAUCGCCAAAUCGAAUGAGUUCACGGAUUCGCUCUCUAGGGUUUCUCAGGCUAUGACGAUUGGGAUCUUUAAUGGAUACAAUUCAGAAUCUAGUAACGUUGCCGAUUCAAGGAUUGGAUCGGAGUCUAGUGUUGUUGAUAAAGUUAUUGAAAAGGUUUUCUCAAAAUCUGGAUCUGGUUUUGUUUCAGUUGUAGUUGGUAGCUUUGCUAAGAAUCUUGUUCUUGGAUUUUACUCUGAUGAUGAUGUGAAAUGUGAUUCUGAUUCUUCAGAGACGACACCUAGAUGGGUUAGUUUGCUUUGUAAUGAUAAGUGUAGAGAGCUUUUAGCUGAUUGUAUUCAGAGAUUCACUAGCACGGCAGUCGCUGUGUAUCUCGACAAGACGAUGGACAUCAACACUUAUGAUGAAAUCUUCGCUGGAUUAACGAAUCCGAAACAUCAAGAUAGUGUCAAAGACGUUCUUGUUUCGGUUUGUAAUGGUGCUCUAGAAACUUUGGUUAGAACAUCUCACCAAGUCUUUACAUCUUCUUCUUCAAGGUCUAAUAAUGUAAUAGAAGAGAUCGAAGAAGAAGAAGAUGGUUUCAAGAUUAACGGUGGUUCCUCGAGAAGGAAGACGGAAUCAGUAGACGGGAUCAAGAGUAGCGGGUGGACUGAUGCUAUCUCGACUACAUUGGCAGUUCCGAGUAAUCGAAGGUUUAUGUUCGAUGUAACAGGAAGAGUAACACUGGAAACUGCAAGAUCAAUCAUCGGAUUUAUAAUGUUAAAGACAUUACAAGGGUUUAAAAAAAGUUUCAAUGUGGUUCAUGAAGAGGUGACAGACAGAGGACGACAAGUAGUUGGAUAUGUUGGAGCCAAAUCCUCUGUUAUAGUCACUGUGUGCCUCGCGCUGUACUUGCACAUCAUAGGCGGAUGCGUUCGGAAUUCUCCCAUAGGCGUAAGCCAGCAUUUUUAA